AACAAUGUGCUCACUGCUUUGUAUACCUACGUACGCAAAUUAUUUAUUGAUAACGAAUUUAACUGUAUAGUUAACGCAUUCCUAAUUUACUUUUAUUAGAAUUUCGAUAGGAAAACAUGUCUGUAUUACUGGUAUGGAGUUUAAUAAUAUUUCAAAUAUUAUCAGUCAACUGCUUUUUUCACCGGUACCCGAAAAUAAAUCUCGGAGAACGUGACGAUGGCGAUCCAGGAACUGCUCUCUUCCUCACACCGUUUAUCGAGAGUGGGAAUAUAACGGAAGGUAGGCGUCUAGCUCGAGUUCCAUUUACUGAAAGUCUACGAAUCAAAAGUUACUCCGGGUUUUUUACUGUUAACAAACAAUAUGACUCCAACCAAUUCUUUUGGUACUUUCCGGCUAUGAUUAGCAACAAGAAAGAUGCUCCUGUGAUCGUAUGGUUGCAAGGUGGACCGGGUGCCACAUCGCUUUACGGACUAUUUACUGAAAAUGGGCCUCUCAGAGUUCGUAAUAAGAGAUUUGAAAGACGCAAGUAUAACUGGGCUUUAAGCCAUCAUAUUAUUUAUAUUGAUAACCCUGUUGGAACUGGCUUCAGCUUUACUAAAGAUCCAAAAGGUUACUGCGUCAAUCAAACACAAGUAGGAGAACAAUUGUAUUCUACCCUUAUACAAUUCUUCCAAUUGUUCCCUGAAUUGCAGGAAAAUAAAUUCUUUAUCACUGGAGAAUCUUAUGCUGGUAAAUAUGUACCUGCAUUGGCUUAUACAAUUUACAAGAAUAACCCUACAGCAAAAAUAAAAAUCAAUCUGAAGGCAUUGGCUAUUGGUAAUGGUCUCAGUGAUCCUGAACAUCAAUUAAUUUAUAGCAAGUAUUUGUAUCAAAUUGGUUUAAUUGACUGGAAUCAAGCCACUGAUUUUGCUGAUGCUGAGAGUAAAGCUGUUGAAUUGAUCAAAGAAAAAGAGUGGGACAAGGCUUUUGAAGCUUUCGAUAGCUUAUUGAAUGGUGAUUUAAUAAAUGGAAAGAGUACAUUUUAUAACAUGACAGGCUUUGAAUUUUAUUUUAAUUAUUUGCAUACAAAAGACUACAAGAAAUUUGAAGACUUUGGUCCCAUGCUACAGAGUAGCUUUGUAAGAAAAUCUAUCCAUGUUGGAAAUUUGACUUUCAAUGAUGGGAAAGAUGUAGAGCAACACCUUAAACAGGAUGUAAUGAAAUCUGUAGCCCCAUGGAUAAGUGAAUUGUUAGACCAUUACUAUAUUGUUGUUUACAGCGGUCAACUAGACAUAAUUGUUGCAUACCCGUUAACUCUAAAUUACUUGAGAAACCUAAAUUUCACUGGGUCAGAUGAAUAUAAAUCUGCUAAGAGAUAUCAAUGGUAUGUGGAUGAAGAAUUGGCAGGAUAUGUGAAGCAGGGUGGGAAGUUAGUAGAAAUUAUGGUAAGGAAUGCUGGACAUAUGGUUCCAGGAGAUCAGCCAAAGUGGGCUCUAGAUAUGAUCACAAGACUAACCCAUGAAAAAACUUUCACUCAAGAAUAAAUUUCGAAUUAUGCUCAGAGGGAUUUAUGUUUUAAUUUUGGGAACAUUUUUACUUAUCAAUGUUAAAUAUGUAAAAGUUUGAUUCAUUAUUAUGUUUAAAUAAAUAAAAUGUGAAUAAA